AGGGACCCUGGCCCCUCCCUCCUCCUUGCUAUGGUGAGAAAUAGAGGUUAGUGUAGGGGGGGGGAGACACUCGGCAUCCGUCGCUUGGUCACAGAGGGAGCCCAGCAUCUGUCCCUGCAGCACGGCGAGCAGCUCCUCAGGACCGUCCGGCGGCUGAACAUGGUCCGCGCUGCACCCUCCUAGUCCCCGGCAGUGCCAGAGGGACCGGCGGCAGCAUGGGGUGCUGUACUGGAAGAUGCACCCUGAUCCUCCUCUGCACCGUCCAGCUGAUCGCGGCGCUGGAGCGUCAAGUCUUCGACUUUUUGGGCUAUCAAUGGGCGCCCAUCUUGGCCAACUUUCUACACAUCAUAGCCAUCAUAUUGGGUCUGUUCGGCACCUUGCAGUACAGGCCGCGCUAUGUCAUCGCGUACGCCAUCUGGGCUGCCGUGUGGGUGACCUGGAAUGUAUUUCUGAUCUGCUUCUACCUGGAAGUGGGCGAUCUGUCUAAGGACAGCGACCUUCUGACGUUCCACGUGUCGGAGCACCAGUCAUGGUGGAGUGAACACGGACCCGGCUGUAUCAGGAAGGAGGCCCCUGUGCCUGGCAUGGCCAGCCUGGAGAGCCACUCUUACGUAUCGGUGGUUGGGUGUGCCAUCGGGUACCAGUACAUCGAAGUGUUACACAGUGCCACGCAGAUCAUGUUGGCGCUCCUCGGCUUUGUCUACGCCUGUUAUGUGACCAGCGUGUUCAGCGAGGAGGAGGACAGCUUUGAUUUCAUUGGUGGAUUUGAUCCAUUCCCCCUCUACCAUGUCAAUGAAAAGUCCCAUCACCCGCUGUUCAAGCAGAGCUAUUUGCCGGCGUAAGUGAGACGAGCGACAAACAAG